AUGGGGGCCGCCCUUCCCCGGGGGUAGGGGCGUGGGGAUCCAGGCGGUGGGGAGGGGAGAAGAAGCGACGAGGUCAGAGGAAACCGAACGCUCCUGGGGCACGAAAGGGCUUCCCGCAGUCGGGAUGAGCCCUGGGGAGGAGCUUUUCGCGAGAACGUGAGCGCGCCUCAACACGCCUCAGACCUCAUAAACCCACUUGGCAAAGACCGGGGAAGCGGCUGACGGACUGACUGCGGUGAACUCAAGAAAUUAACCUGCGCUGUAAUUAAAUGGGCUGUCGCCCUUUCAGACUCACCUCGAGCGACCGAGAUAGAAGCUCCCGAACCAGCAGUGGGGGGACCUGGCUCCACCCUCCAGUCCCAGGAGUAGAGGACAAAAAGGGGAGAUGGACUUGGAGAUGGCCCCGCCCUUCAAACGCUCCAAUCCUUGGAAACCAAGCCUCCUCUCCAAGACUCCACGUCUAGAAGGGACAAAGGCAGCAGGAGAUCCAUAAAGACCGAUGGGGAGAUAGAUAGGUGGCUUUCGAUUUCUAAAGAGGGUGCGUUGAGGGGAAAAGGUACUGUGAUUAAGUUUCCAUCCCAGAUACAGAACCACAGAAUGGUCUAG